AGGGCCACGGUGUUACAUUUUAAAUACCAAAACAACACAUACCACCAUCACCCAUCCCUUCUCAAUUUUUCACCUCAUCUGGAGGCCAGCGCUUUGUGAAAGAGGGACCUCUGCUUAUAGGGGGUCGUAGCAUAUUUCAGGUUGUGCUGGAUCAGGUUUGGACUGUUUUUUGCGCCUCGUGUGUAGAGUUGCAGGUCACCAUGAGCCCCUUGACUGUCUCCGCCUCCCUCCUGUUCCUGCUGGUGGGGGCCUGGGCCGAGAGCCACACCCCCCAGAAAGUGUUCCUGGAUAAGGAAGAGGCGAGUGCUGUGAUUUCCCGUCAGAAGAGAAACCAACCCUCCAAUUUAGAGAAAGAGUGCAUGGAAAAGUUAUGCACUUAUGACGAGGCCUAUCGAUUCUUCCAAGAUACAUAUCGCACAGAUAUUUUUUGGUCCGUCUAUGUUGACGGAGACCAGUGUAUCAGCAACCCCUGUCAAAAUGGAGCUCUGUGUUCAGACAGUGCAGGAGGCUAUGACUGUGUGUGCAAGUCUGGCUUCUCAGGAAUACACUGUGAAAAAGAUGAGACUAUUUGCCCCACAGAGAAGGACAAAGGCUGCUCUCAGUUCUGUAAGCCUGGGUAUAGCUCCUAUGAUUGCUCCUGUGCUGAGGGCUGGAAAAUCAGCCAGACUGACAAGAAGAAGUGUGAACCUGCAGUUUCAAAUGCCUGUGGUAAAGUGAACAGCUUAAGUCAAUGGGAAGGCAGGCAGAAAAGCAUCAGGGACAACAACUUCCAGCCUUUGACUUGCACAUCCUCCGAGUGCCCGUGGCAGGCUCUGCUGAAGACUACAGAGUCAGCUGGUUACUGCAGUGGAGUCAUUAUCAAAUCAAACCUGAUCCUGACUUCUGCUCAAUGUGCCACUAAAUACAGCGACUUUCAGGUGGUGGUCGGUGCACGCAAGCCCACUCCUGAAGAUGGCGAGCAGACACUGUAUGUACGCUUAGUCCACAUCCAUCCUCGCUACAUUGCAGGACGUCCUGAAAAUGACCUGGCUGUGAUCGAGCUCCGUGACCCCAUACGGUUUAAGAAAGAAGUCGUUGCCGCAUGUCUACCCGAGCGUGACUUUGCCGACCACAUCCUGGCAUCUGGAGAGUACCCUGCUGUGGUGACUGGGAGGAAGGAAACCCUGGAGGAAAACGCCUUCCGGGGCCCUCUCUUUCUCAAUCAGUUGUCUUAUGAGCCUCUCUCAAAAUGCAUGGAGACCUACCCCAUGAUAAUGACAAAUAAAAUGGGCUGUACAUCUCCGCGGGCCAAUGCAGACUGCAGCAUGACUUCAGGAAGCCCCCUGCUAACACUGUACAGGGAAGUCUUCUUCCUGACUGGGAUCAUCACCAAGCCUGCCGAUGCAGACUGCAACAAAGGCUACAUUUUCCAGAAAGUGUCUCGCCAUCUGGACUGGCUUAAGCCCUUAAUGGGCUCACGUUAUACGCAUUAGGAAAUUGCGUAUGUGUAUUUAUAUCUCGGCCAUCUCAUGCAGCAGUUAGCAUUAAUUUGAAUUUAGUCAUCCCUCGUAGUCGCUUCUAAUUUCCUCUGGACGUUCUAACAUACACCACAAGAGGGCACUCUCGUUAUAUGUCACAGGUAAUAUAAAUAUGUUGGGAACAGUGGCUAUGAAUAAUUUAGUAUGUGUUUUGCGAUAUGGACAUUCCUUUUAAAAAUUAAGUGAUAUUAUUUACUCAGUAUGCACCUUGUAAUUUAAAUACUGGUAAUCACUGUCUUUGAAUGUAUUAAAUCCCCAUUAAACCCCUGAAGUU